GGCAGGGAAACCGGAGCAUGUUUGGAGUGGAUAUUUGCUUUUCCUGCCCCAGAGUAAUGACAGGCACCGCAGCAUCAAAGCUUCGGGGGGCUGACUCUAUAUAGAACAGCGGGAAUAAUACCUCACAGUGCUUACCUACUGAUUUCUUUUUAUUAAUUUUUAAAGAAAUAUAAAUUGGCAGGGGAAUAUCGUCCCAGGUCCCCGCCCCUCUCCUUGGGCUCAUCCUCGAGGUGAUGUUACAGUGGGAACGAGUUCUUUUCUAUAUUAACCCGGAAAUAUUCUGGCAUGUUUGUCUAAUUUUCCCCCCUACUCUUGAAGGAUUUUUCUGACAGUUGAGGAGAAAGUGAAUGCUGUUUCUGCGAACACUCAGAGGUUUAAAAGUUUGGAAAAUUGUCAGGGUCGCCGUCAAAGAGGCAGGAAUCAGCUUUGAAAGAGGGGAAAUAAAGCUGAACAAGUCCACAGGAAGAUAGUUCAUGAGAGAAAUCUGUACCAUGCACUAGAACAUUAAGUACUGACAAAACUACAAUUCUACACUGAUAUCUUAGAAAAAAGAAGUUGAAGAUGGGGCGGAAAAAGAUUCAGAUUACAAGGAUCAUGGAUGAGCGUAAUAGACAGGUUACAUUCACAAAGAGAAAAUUUGGAUUAAUGAAGAAAGCCUAUGAACUGAGUGUAUUGUGUGACUGUGAAAUAGCUUUGAUAAUAUUCAACAGUUCAAACAAAUUGUUUCAGUAUGCUAGCACUGACAUGGACAAAGUUCUACUCAAGUAUACAGAGUAUAAUGAACCCCAUGAAAGCAGAACCAAUUCAGAUAUUGUUGAGACCUUAAGAAAGAAAGGACAUAAUGACUGUGAUAGCCCAGACCCAGAUGAUUCUUUUGAGCACAGUCCGCUCAUGGAGGACAAAUACAGAAAGAUUAAUGAAGAUAAUGAUGUAAUGUUCAAGCGAUAUGGUGCGCUUAACAAGAAAGAACACAGAGGUUGCGACAGUCCGGAGCCUGACUCCUCAUACGUGCUCACCCCCCACACAGAGGAAAAAUAUAAAAAAAUAAAUGAAGAGUUUGAUAACAUGAUGAGGAAUCACAAACUCGCACCUGGUUUGCAACCUCAAAACUUUGCAAUGCCAGUUGCAGUUCCUGUGAGCAACCCAAACACGUUAACUUACAGUCACCCAGGAAGCUCUCUUGUAACUCAUUCAUUGGUAACUACAUCUAUAACAGAUACCAACAUGCUUUCGCCACCCCAGGCUACACUGCCCAGAAAUGUUAUGUCACCAGGUGCCCCACAGAGACCUCCGAGCACUGGUAAUGCAGGUGGAAUGAUGGGUGACCUAACAAUGCCAAAUGGUGCAGGUACCAGCCCUGUGGGAAAUGGAUUUGUUAACCCUCGAGCUUCUCCUGGGCUACUGUGCUCCACUAGUGGGAAUGGGUUGGGUAAAGUAAUGCCCACAAAGUCUCCACCCCCUCCUGGUGGAAAUAUUGGAAUGAAUAAUCGCAAACCAGACCUUCGUGUAGUCAUCCCACCGACCAGCAAGGGAAUGAUGCCACCUCUGUCAGAGGAGGAUGAGUUGGAUAUGAAUGUACAGAGGAUAAGCAGUUCACAAUCAACACAGGCUCUUGCAACUCCUGUUGUGUCUGUUACUACUCCGAGUCUACCAUCACAUGGACUGUUGUAUUCGACAUACAACAAUGAUUAUUCACUAAGCAGCGCUGACUUAUCUGCACUACCAGGAUUCAACUCACCAGGGACAUUGUCAUUAGGGCCAAUGUCUGCUUGGCAGCAACACCACCUUGGACAAACAGCCCUCAGCUCACUAAUAGUUAAUAGUCAGUCACUUCAGAGUGCAAACCUUUCAGUCAACACAAAUCAGAAUGUCAACAUCAAAUCAGAGCCCAUCUCGCCUCCCCGAGAUAGAAUGACGCCCUCGGGGUUCCCGCAACAGUCGCGACAUGACACAGGACGCUCGCCGGUUGACAGCCUGAGUAGUUCCAGCAGCUCUUACGAUGGGAGUGAUCGUGAAGAACCACGGGGUGACUUCCAUUCACCCAUUGGACUCCAGAGGCCCUCAACGGAUGACCGAGAGAGCCCAUCCGUAAAGCGUAUGCGGAUGGACACAUGGGUGACAUAAAGCCCUCGUUUUGCUGCAGUUUUGUAGUAAUCUCUUUUGUUACAAGAGAACUGUCCUUACAUAUCUAAGACAAGGACGUGGAAAGUGUAUAAGUUAAUCAGGUACUCUACAGUGCAAAUUAAUUGUAUAUUUGCAGGUGUCCCACAUUUAAAUUGUAGUCACUGUCCCAGUCUGGCACUUAUUUGUAUUAGCUGUUAUCUUAUACUGGUUUGCAAAAAAAAAAUUAUAUUCAACCCUACCAUGCUUGCAGAAACAAGACAGUUGGUUGUCAAUUCUGACAGUGUCCUGUAUGUGUGUAUAAAAAAUGGUGUGGCUAGUUAAAUUUUCUGCUUAGUAUCAUUGAAGCUGUAGAAAGAAACAAAAGAGAGCAAUACUGUACAUAAAAUAAAUGUAUGAUAUUGAACCUGGCAUGGGUCUCCGUCUCUUGAAGGAGUGUUUUAAACUGCACGGUAUAGGGUUGAGGUGAGCAGUUCUUUCUGCAUGUGCAAAAACGGGUUGUUGAAGCAGCAGAACAGUUUAUUGGAAACAUGCAUUAAGUACCUGCAUGAGAAAUGAGGAGACUGUAGGUGAAAUAUAGCAUUAAGAGAAACUUAAUAUAUUAAGUUAUAAUUGGAAUUUGGUUAAAGUUCUUUUAUGUUGAUGUCUGAAAUCCAAAUUUGAUUCCAGAUCACUUAUAUAUAUUUUUAUUAAAAGAAAACAUAAUACCCUGACUUAUUAUUGAUUAUAUAGAACUGUAUAAUUUUAAACACAUUCAGCUAUGAAAUUAUUUAUAUAUGCCAAAGUUGCAUGUUGAUGCUCUCUAGAUAUGGUUUAUCUUGUUACCUUGGCUUAGAUUUGCUUUUUUAAAUGCAGGCUAAACCUUAAAAGCCGUGAACACUUGCUAACCUAUAUGUAAAGAGAAUUUGAGCCAAAUGUCUGUGUAUAUAGCAUCCUAAAUAUAUCACUUUUGGUGUCAGUGUACAAUGUAUUGUACGUUCACCAGAUCAAAGUAUAUUUUUGUGGAUAAUCGCCAAUUUGACAGGGCAAGAUCCUUAUGCGUAGAUCAUCCACUGGCAAUUACUAUUUUGUUUAAUAUGCUGUACUUCCUUGGGUUUUAAUUAUAUAUGGCAUUUGCAGAAAGUAGUAAAAGUUUUAUUUUCCUCUAUGGCAGUGAAUGUGUAUAAUAAUUGUCAUUUGUGUUGUAUGGUAAUGCUUUACUAUACAUAUAAAAAGCAGAUCCUCAAUCCCAAUGUUAUAUUUGUCAUGCACAAACUUGAAAACAAGUUCCUUAUUGUAGACUGUUGUGGAUGGAAUUUCACUGCUUUAUUCAAUUACACUUUUCUGAUAUAAGCUGCCUUUUGUGAUAAUUCACUGACAGUAGACACUUGUGGUUUAUAUAAAAAAAAAAUACCUGCGAGAGAGUAGUGCGGGUGAGUACCUUUUGAGAGUAAUAAAUACAAAAGGUGUCUUUUAUAUAUUUAAAAUAAAGGAUUGUUCAGUGGUGAGUGCAAUAGGAGAUUUGACAAUCAAAGGGGGAGGCCUGAGUGCACACUUGUAGAAAUAGAGCAAUAGAGUAAGGUUUGUACCCCCUUGAACGGACUGACCUGAUGACUCCCAAGUCAGCCAAGGUUGAUUGCACCAAAGGGAACCAAAUCCGUUCAUGUUCAUCUCUAGUACACAUUAAGUAAUUUAGUGAUUUGAAGUACAUAAAGUGGGAACUGAGUUGACAUGUAAAUUGCCGAUUGUUUCCAGUGACAUUACUGUAGAAACUGGCCCCUUCAUUAAUCAUCUGAUUUCAUCUCCAAAAAUGAUGAGGUAUUUCAGUGGAUCAUAACAGUUAUACUAAUGAAUAAAGUCAUUAAUAAGUAAUAAGCAGUUGAUUUUGGCAACCUUUAAAGCUCAGUAUACA